AUGGCCACUCUAUCACGCUCCAUCCCCAUUCCCUUCUUCAUACUCAUACUACUACUCUCCAUCGUCUCUUCUUCUUCUUCUUCUUCUAGCCAGGACAACAGUACUGGCAGCGACACCGACCUUGCCGCGCUGCUAGCUUUCAAAUCCCAGCUCGCUGACCCUCGCCGUGUCCUUGCCAGCAACUGGAGUGCAGACACAUCCUUUUGCAAUUGGGUCGGUGUCUGGUGCAGCCGUCGCAGGCAACGAGUAACCGCUCUGUCGUUGCCCGACACGCCUCUCGUUGGAUCUGUGUCACCUCACGUUGGUAACCUUUCUUUCCUCUCCAUCCUCGACCUCACCGACACCAAUCUAACGGGUUCCAUUCCAGCCGAACUUGGUAGGCUACAUCGUCUUACGUACCUCAGUUUUUUCGGAAAUAGCUUGUCAAACACCAUACCUACUACCCUCGGGAACCUCACGAGGCUCAAGUUUCUUCAUCUACCUUAUAAUCAACUCUCAGGCCAGAUCCCUCCUAAGAUGCUACUUCAUAUGCACAACCUUAGGGAGAUUAAUAUGUAUGCGAAUGACUUGAGUGGCCAACUACCAUCAUAUUUUUUCAACAAUACGCCUUCCUUGACAUACAUCAAUUUUGGAAAUAACAGCUUGUCAGGUCCUAUGCCACAAGCGGUUGCACACCUAUCCAUGCUCGAGGGAUUGAACCUUGAGGUUAAUCAACUCUCCGGCCUAGUACCAGAAUCCAUGUACAACAAGUCCAGGUUGCAAACGUUGGCCCUUGCAAGUAAUGGUAACCUAGCUGGAAUGUUUCCGAGCAAUCAAAGUUUUAACCUUCCAAUGUUGAAAUUUAUUUCGUUAUCUGAUAACAAAUUUUUUGGCCGGUUUCCAUCGGAGCUUGCAUCAUGCGAGUACCUGGAGAUAAUUGAUUUGGGUGAAAAUUCAUUUGAGGGCAUUGUGCCAACAGGGUUAUCCAAAUUAUCCCACCUCCAGGUUCUUCACUUAGGUUAUAAUAACAUUGUUGGUCCAAUCCCAACUGCUCUUAGCAAUCUUACCAGUCUUACAUAUCUAGAUCUCAGCGGCGGAAAUUUGACAGGGGAGAUUCCACAAGAAUUAGGUCUCAUGCUGGAACUCUCAUUUCUGUCUCUUGGAUCCAAUCAAUUGAUUGGAGAAAUUCCAGCUUCCCUUGGCAAUUUAUCAAAAUUGUCCGUUCUAAUUUUGGCAAAUAGUCAACUUUCUGGUCAAGUACCAAUAACACUUGGGGAAAAUGCAGCUUUGAGCAAGCUUAUUUUGUCAAGUAACAAUUUGGAGGGGAAUCUAGACUUCUUGUCAGCGCUUUCCCAGUGCAAACAACUCCAGGUCCUUACAAUAGAAGCUAAUUCUUUCACUGGCAUCCUCCCAAGUCUUGUAGGAAACCUUAGUUCAAAACUUGUUACUUUCAUUGCAAGCAAAAACCAGUUAAUAGGUGGACUUCCAGUUGCCAUUUCAAACAUAAGCAGCCUUGUACGGCUAGAUCUUAGUGACAACCUACUCACCGAGCCAGUCCCAGGGUCCAUCGCUAAGUUAGAAAAUCUUGUAUGGCUCGAUCUCUCAAACAAUGACAUGUCAGGUCCUAUCCCAAUACAAAUUGGUAUGCUCUGGCGUCUAGAACAAUUGUUUCUCCAAGCAAAUAAAUUCUCAGGCUCUAUACCAAGAAGCUUUGGGAAUAUUAGUUUUUUAGAAUACAUUGACCUUCUAGUAACCAAUUAA